AGCCAUAGGGUACCAAGUCUGCAACGUGCCAUGGCACCUGACCGUUGAUGUGUUUAGGUCGCUGGGUGCUGCUCUGGCAGCUUUUCCAAACUGGUUUCAGUUGGAAACCACUUGAUGAACCCUCGAAACUUUCGGAUCAAUGGCUCUUCCUCAACAGCAAUUUGUCCGCGAGGUCUCUGUCCAAAUUGGUCCAGUUUCGACUGGCUGAAGCGGCUGCUGCUAGCUAUGCGCUGGCCAAUGGAUCAGCAGAGGUGGAUGAGAGCUUUUGCCUGAAUGCAAGACUAAGAUAUCGAUUAAGAUAUCAGAUUCCGGAAUCUGUUGAUUUUGCCACGGAAUGUUGCGAUCUCUUGAGCUUUGACACAUUUGGAAGUGAUGUUUGUUUUGAGUCAUGGCCCUCCUGGUCCAUCCGAGUAUGCUGUGCAUAUUUUGCGGGGCGCGGGCCAGCGGCCCAAUUCACCGAACUCUUCUUUGAUGAAACACCGUGGCGAGAACGAAAAGAGAUGUCAUAUUUAUCCAGAGGCAUCGUGGCCUAUCAUAAAUCUGGGAUCACCCUAUCUUCCCAGUUGGUGGGGUUGAGGGAUCCAGGCCCAUUAAGCCAUUUGGUAUUGGAGAGUGCUGGAGACUUAUUCGUGCCCCAAAACUUGUCGCUGGAGAAUCAUGGCGUGCACGACAGUCCUAGGGGAGGCCAACCUGUGAUCAGACCCUAUUACCAGGCCUUUAUUCGGAGGUUUGCUGAUACCACUGGGCGUGGAAUGUUCCUACAUUUCUCCAAUCCUUUGAAAUCAUGGAAGCCUCAGUUGCAGGACUUAUUGGCAGAAGAUGGUGCGGGUUUGGUGUUGCAUCUGGUGAGAAGGCCUUCGGACAUGAUUGUCUCUGGCUAUCGCUAUCAUGGUCAGCAGAGACCGGAGGGAGAAGAAUGGCUAUACUUUAGCAAUCCCCCAGACUGCCUGAGUUGCGACCACCAAGCCUGGGCCCAGAUCUUUGGGCGAUGCGCCUUUCGCUGCAGCUACCAUCAGUUGCUGCAGAACUUGAGCACUGCCGAGGGGCUGCAGAUGGAAUACCUCCGGAGCCGCUGGGAUAUCAGCAAGAUGUUGCAAAAUGCCAUGAAAUGGAAGGAUUUGGAGAAUGUCUUGCAGCUGCCAAUGGAGAGCUUCCAACUCCACUUCAACGACACGCUGCGGUGCAUUGCGCGGUUCUUUCUGCGGGCACCUGGGAUGGAAGGAUCUGAAGGAUCGGUUUUCGCGCAGAAAGUGAAGCGAUUUGUGGAAGAGUCGCAGGUCCACUCACCCAAAUUGAUGGCGUCUUGCCGAGAAGCUUCGGAAAGAGGAGAGACUUGCCGCCUUCCCAAUGGAACCGCAAUGCCACGGAAAUUGACUAGUCAGGCGCAUUCUCAUGUAGCCUCAAGGGUGCUAAAGCACUCGUUGAAAGCAGCUUUAGAGCAGACCAAGGGCUGGAAGCAGUUCAUUCCGUUUGCAGACCUCACGUAUGAAGCUGCGAUUGACACUGCCAACACGCAGAUGUUUGGGUGUCCCAAAGUUUGAUCCCCAUCCUGAAAGAUCCGAGGAUGGCCACUUUGCCACCUUGCCAUGCUGUGUUCGAAAA